CCGCUUGUUACAGGCAAGCAGAGGCUUGGCUCGGUGUCGCUCCAGCGCAGCUCUGCUCCUGGGGGCAGCUGGCCCAAGGGAGGGCAGGAACAAAGACCGAGCCCUCCCCAGAUCCUGGCUUUCCCCCUCCUGCCCCUGACUCGGCUGCAGCCCUUGCUCCCCACUGUCCCUCUGUGGGGAAGGCGUCCCUCCAUCCUUCCAUCCCUCCGUCUGUCUGUCUGUGGCCGGCGAGGCUCGGCGGUGCUGUCCCUCCCUGGUGGGCACAGCCGUGGCGCAGGGGAAGGGCCCCUCGGGGAGGUCGCCCAUCUCACUGCGGCGCUUCGCUGUCCCGCAGGCAUCGUCGAGAUCCGGUCGGUGCGUGUCGGCGUCGUGGCCAUCCGGGCGGUGCACACCGGCUUCUACCUGGCCAUGAACAAGCAGGGGCGGCUCUACGGGUCGAAGGAGUUCAGCCCCAACUGCAAGUUCACGGAGCGCAUCGAGGAGAACGGCUACAACACCUACGCGUCGCUGCGCUGGCGGCACCGGGGCCGCCCCAUGUUCCUCUCGCUCAAUAGCAAGGGCAGGCCACAGCGAGGGGGCCAGACGCGACGGCAGCACCCCUCCACACACUUCCUCCCCAUGCUCAUCAGCUGAGCACAGCUCCCAGACGGUCCUGUGGAAAAAAGGGAAACAUAGGGUUAUUUUAUAUGUGUAAAUAUCUUUUUUUUUUUUUUUUCUAUUUAUUGUUUUAUUUUUUAAACACAUGGUGGAGGAUGGACACGGACAUGAAAGCUCCAGAACGAAAGCCGUGCGGGGACGUGGCCGUGCAGGGACGCGGCCGUCCCCGGUGUCCCGUGGGGGCAGAGCCGCAGGCUGGGGCUGGGGCUGGGGCUGCCCACGUCUCCCCCCACCCCGAGCAGCCACCGCCUGGGGCUGGGACGUCCCGGGGCUGCGUUCGCUUUGUGGCCAAGCACCCGUGGAAAUUAAAGCUGUGUUUGUGGCAC